AUGUCUGUAGUAGGCUUCGAUUUCGGUAAUAUAAACAGUUUCAUCGCUGUGGCACGUCAAGGUGGUAUCGAAACGAUCGCCAAUGAUUAUUCUUUGCGGGCCACUCCAUCUUGUGUAACAUUCACUUCUCGAGGGCGUUCGAUGGGUGUUGCCGCACGGCAGCAGUUGAAUACGAAUAUUAAAAGCACCAUUAUCAAUUUUAAACAUCUACUGGGACGAAAAUUUAGCGAUCAAAUUACCCAGAAGUACCGAAAGUUUAUACCUUGUGAAAUGAUUCAGUUACCUAAUGAUGAUAUUGGAUUAAAGGUCCAAUAUUUCGAUAAAGAACAAGUUUUUACCCCCGAACAAGUGGUAGCAAUAUUUCUGGUUAAAUUAAAGGAUAUCACAGAAAACAGUUCUCACGGAAUGAGGAAUGUCACCGAUUGUGUUGUUUCAGUCCCAUUUUAUUUUGCUGAUGCUCAGCGACGCGCUUUGCUGACAGCCGUCCGAAUAGCAGGCUUAAAUUGCUUGCAAAUCCUCAACGAAACCACGGCUGUUGCUCUCGCAUAUGGUAUUUACAAACAGGAUUUGCCAGCAGAGAACGAUCCAUCUCGAAUUGUAGCAUUUAUCGAUAUAGGACAUUCCGCUGCGCAAGCUGUCCUUGUUGCAUAUAAUAAAGGCAAACUCACUAUACUUGGCGCAACUUAUGAUCUCGAAGUUGGUGGCCUCGCUUUUGACGAUGUGAUACGAGAUUACUUCAGCAAACUAUUUUAUGACACCUACAAGAUCGAUGUGACAACCAAUAAACGAGCAUGGUUCCGACUUUUGGAUGAAUGUGAAAAAAUUAAAAAACAGAUGUCAACGAAUAGUACAGCUAUACCACUAAAUAUUGAAUGUUUCAUGAAUGAUAUGGAUGUCAGUGGAAAAUUGCAACGUUCGCAGUUCGAAGAGCUCGCACAGCCACUUCUAGAUCGUAAUGUAAAAAAAGCGGAAGAAGUGGAGUCAGUUGAAUUAGUCGGUGGUUCUUCUCGUAUUCCGGCCAUCAAAAAAAUUAUUUCCGAAGUGUUCGGGAAAGAACCGAAAACUACGAUGAACCAGGAUGAGGCUGUAGCUCGAGGUGCUGCGAUGAAGUGUGCUAUUCUCUCGCCAGCAUUUAAAGUUCGGGACUUUUCCGUGAAAGAUAGUCAACCAUACAGAAUCAAACUUUCAUGGGCAGGAGUCGGACAAAGUGAAGGAGGCGAGAAUGAUGUAUUUACUGAACAUGACGAGUUUCCUUUUUCUAAAAUGCUUACGCUUUAUCGACAGGAAUCAUUUCAAGUCGAUGCCAGUUAUUCAUAUCCCAAUCAAAUCCCGCACCCGAUACGACAUAUAGGCUCAUGGGUAGUUAAAAAUAUUACGCCUGGGCCAAAUAACGAAGCAAGGAAAGUGAAAGUGAAGGUUCGAAUCAACCCUAAUGGUAUAUUUUCUGUUUGCUCUGCGAGUACGUUCGAGACCGUCGAAGCAGGUCCACUUGAUACUCAGAUUCAAAAAACAUCUGAAGCAAUGGAAACUGAUGACACUAAAGGAAGUCAGGAUAAAGAAGGAAGUGCAAACGCAGUAACUGAUAAUGUCUUACCUCCUGCUGAAGAAGAUCAGAAAUUAUCAAAUAAUAAUGGGCCGAAAACUAAAACAAUUACAGUGGAUUUGCCGGUUGAGGAACACGUCCCAUGUAUUAUUGCUAACGAAUCUCAAUUAGUACAGUUCGAGAAAGAAAUGCAAGAAAAAGAUCGUGUGGAAAAAGAGAAAGUAGACGCAAAAAAUGCUGUUGAAGAAUAUGUGUAUUAUAUGCGAGACAAAUUAUCGGAUGUACUUGCAGAAUUUAUCUCUGACGAGGAUGCCGGGAAAUUGCGAGAACUGUUAACUAAAACGGAAGAUUGGCUUUACGACGAAGGAGAAGAUGUUGAAAAAAAAGUAUACGAUGCUAAGAUGUCUGAGCUGAAGAAAUUGGGUGAUCCUGUUCAAGAACGGCAUCGUGAAUACGAGAAUCGAAAGAAUGCUUUCGAUGAGUUUGAUCGAGCCAUUAUCAGAGCACGUAAAGCUUACGAUGAGUACACAAAAGGAAGUGAGAAAUAUGCACAUCUUGGAUCAAGUGAUAUGGAAAAGGUAAUAUCUGCGGUGGAAGAGAAAAAGAAAUGGGUGGAUGAUCAAAGAAAUCGCCAGGAAAUACGCAAGAAAACUGAAGCGCCAAUCGUUUUCGUUUAUCAAAUACAGGAUGAGCAGCAGGUAAAAAGAAUGGGUUUGGGUUUGGUAAUCUUCAUCUCGGCUGCAAGAUGUUUGUGAUAAUAUCCAAAAAUGUUUGAAUAAUCAUGAGUUGACAGGAAGAAGCUUGUGAAAUUUGUCAA